UAUUCAGUCUUUGCUAAUGCUUGUCUUCAUUGACAAUAACGAUGCAGUGUAAUCUGCAUCUCCGAUAACUCACAAUACACAUUUCAGUAUUUUGAAUUUACGGACUUCAAAAAUGGAAUUUCGAAAUUUCGUGUUGACUGCUGCUGUCUUUCUCACUGCGGUGACGUCAUGUAUAGCAGUCUCCUUACAGCGACGCGUGAUUGGCGGCGAGCUGACGUCCAAGGGAGACUACCCUUUCCUUGUGUCCCUGUGGUACAUGAAGGAGAAUGGCUUCACGAAUAACACCAAGAUGCACCACGUGUGUGGGGGUGCUCUGAUAGCGCCGAGUUGGGUGCUGACUGCUGCGCACUGCUUUGAUGCUCGGGUAUUGAAGGGUAUUGACGUGAAGGAAUCGUGGAAGGUAGUUGCCGGGAAAUUCAACCAGUUGGCCGAUGAAGACUCGGACCAGUUCCGUACCAUCACUGAGAUCCAUACGUACCAGGGCUGGAACAUUAAAAAACUUCUCGGAGACGCUGCCUUGUUGAAACUGAACGAACCGGUAGAUUUAUCCCGGGAAGAUGUUGCUGUCAUCAGCCCGGAUACUGCCCCAUCGUGCGCCGUGGCUGGAGCUGAUUGUUAUGUCGUGGGGUGGGGACAAAUAGCUGAGAAACCCUAUGGCUACGGCAUGUAUAUCCCGGUGGUGGCGGACAUGCCGGUGGUGGACACAGAGACGUGCGUAGAGGCUAUGAAGCCAGAAAACGUCGACAACCGCAACGUCACCAUCGACGACAGCCUGAUAUGUGCCGGCCACGUUGAGGGAGACGUAGACGCUUGUUCUGGCGACUCCGGAGGACCUCUGGUGUGCGUGUGCGAUGUCGUCGAGGUCGUCAGUGGUAUCGUCUCUCACGGUCACGGCUGCGCCAGGGAAAAUCUUUAUGGAAUCUACACUCGAGUGUCCCUUCUAAAGGACUGGAUUGAUGACGUUAUUAGGGGCAAAGACAAUACUGGCCAGCCUCAAACGGAAAAGAUUCAGUUAUAAGACGAUACAGUAAACUACGAGCUAAUCAGCAAUUUCCUGACAUCUACGUUUAUUAACUUAUUCUUGAUGUAUUCCAAAUAUGUAUGAGUAAAGGAUCUAGUUCUGAGAAAA